AUGAGUGUUCCCGGCUCUGUUGUUCCAGGGCGCCACCCCGCAAUGCCAGUUUCUACCCCCGGCAAGCUGAGGCCGAACCCUCCAACAUUUUGCAAGGAGAAGAACACCCACACCGCGCGCAAGUCGCAAGGUAUUUUCGAUUCUGCAACCCACUGGUUGCUCCACAAUCAAAUUUAUAUCCCAUUAAACCUCAUCGCCCUUCUAUUCUGCACACAUUCCUUCCUCCCUCAGGCUCAGCCAUACACAUCCAAGCUUUUCACAAUCUCCCACUACAACCAAAGGACAGGCGAAUACGGUGUCGGUAACGAUGACUUCCUAUUUCUUGCAUUCUGUGUCGUGCUCUUCACUUUCCUUCGGGCAAGCUGCAUGGAGUACGUGCUUCAGCCGGUCGCUAGAUACUGCGGCGCGUCGACAAAGAAGGACGUGAUCAGAUUCUCUGAGCAGGCAUGGUUGCUGUGCUAUUACUCGGUCUUUUGGGUCCUUGGUGUGUACAUUUAUGUCACCUCGGACUAUUUCCUCAACCCCAAGGAAAUGUUUACCAAUUGGCCCACGCGGGAACUCCCUGGACUCGUGAAGUUUUACAUACUAAGCCAAUGGGCUUUCUGGAUCCAGCAACUCCUGGUAAUCAACAUCGAAGAGCGCCGCAAGGACCACUGGCAAAUGUUGACCCACCACAUUCUCACAAUUGGUCUGCUCUAUACUUCGUAUACUCUCCACUUGACUCGGGUCGCCAAUCUGGUCCUAAUCUUGAUGGACGUGGUCGAUAUUUUCUUCCCCCUUGCCAAAUGCUUCAAGUACCUUGGCCUUUCCACGCUGCGGGACAUCAUGUUCGGCGUUUUUAUGGUGUCUUGGUUCCUAGCCCGUCAUGUUUGGUACAUCACAAACAUGUACCACAUCUGGGUUUACAUGCCGGACAACGUGAAGAUCGGCUGCUACCACACAUCAGAGGACAAAUUGGUGACUGGUCCAACCCCCCUACCCGAAGAAGGCUGGUCACACAUGUUUGAAGCGUUCACAAACCCAUCGGGCACAAUUUGCUACAAUGAUAGCAUCCAAUGGGGUUUCCUUGCCUCUUUGGGCCUUCUUCAGGUUAUCACUAUAAUCUGGUUUUUCAUGAUCAUCAAGGUAGCCAUCCGUGUUGUGCAAGGCAAUGGCGCGGAUGAUAUCAGGAGUGAUGACGAAGAUGAAGACGUUGAGGAGGAAGUGGAAGAGAAGGGCAGAGAGCAAAAGGCCCGCAAAGUACUAGAGGGAGGCGUGGAUACCGACUCCAAAGCACUGAAGCGUAUCCCCGAAGUUGAAGGGGCAGCAUUUUCGACCGGAGCCGGUCGUUCGGGACGUUGGGAACGCAAGGGAUUGCUGGGUCGUGUUGGAUGUGAAAGGCAUGUCGAUUAA